AUGCUUCAUCCCCUGCGCAUAGAGAUAUUAUUCCGUUAGCCCUUGAUUCUAAUGUCUUCAUACCACGCACGCUCAUUUCUUGCCUCUUUACUUUAUCUCUUUUCAUACAAUCAUUUAUCCCACUCAUAUCUGUAAUACGCACAUUUUAUACACCCAAAAAUCAUUGCCAUAUUCACCCAACCCUCAUUUUAUCUCCAAUCUCCCACACACUCGCUCUUUUGCCUCAAUCUUGAAUAUUAUAUUUGCACCUGUUAAAUAACGACCAGCUUCUACAGCUUUGACCAUACUUCUAUUCGUUCCAGGUAGACCCUAGGCCACAUUAUUGUUACACAGCUUUCCACCUACUCUCUCUCUGUCGAGGCCCCAAACCUUCGACACCUAAUCAUAGAGACAGCUCAACAUACAAUUGGAAUAUCAUUCCACUAUAAUAUAAUAAAUAUCGACUUCGAAUAGAGAAUCAUUUGGAGUUACGAGAUUUGGGAUUUCAGGCGGUAUACAGAGGCGGUUUUCCGCAGUGCCAAUUCACACCGUCGCCAUGAUGUUACGGCCAAUCUCAACCUUUUCAACUCUUUCCUUAAUCUUCUUGGGAGCUCUGCCGGGCAGAGUUCUCGCAGGCCAAACCCUCACGACAACAGGCUACACGUCAUGUCUAGCCGAUUCGACUAUCUCGGUGCAGAAGAUGGCUGUUACCUACGAUAAUGACGCGAAGACUAUCACCUUCGAUGUGGCCGGAACGAGUACUCGGUCUCAAAAUGUGAGCGCUGAAAUCAAUGUUACUGCGUAUGGAAUUUCAGUCUAUUCAAAGUCUUUCAACCCAUGUGAUUCUUCUACAUUUAUACAGCAAUUAUGUCCGGGUAAGUUUUGUCUCCUUUUAUCAAAUCAGAAAAACGAUCAAAAACUAACUCUCUCAUCAUAGUCCCUGUGGGAGUUUUUGCUGCCUCCGGAACGCAAGCCGUCCCAGAUCAAUAUGCCUCGAUGAUUCCCGCGAUCGCUUUCUCGAUACCCGAUAUUUCCGCUGUAGCUACGAUCGAACUCAAGGAUUUGAAUACUUUAGCCGAGGUUGCUUGCGUGCAAGCAGAUGUCACCAAUGGAAAAACCACCGCCGUCGCUGCCGUAUCCUAUGUUGCAGCUGCUGUAGCUGGAGCUGCUGCUGUGGUCGGUGGAGUUUCUGCACUCGGUGCUGCAGCCAGUGGAGCCAGUGGAGCAGGUACAGCUGCAUCUAGUCCUUCGUUUAUGGAAUGUAUGACUUGGUUUCAAGGCAUGGCUAUGAACGGAAUGAUGUCCGUCAAGUAUCCUCCGGUUUAUCGACAAUUCACCAAGAACUUUGGAUUCAGUACUGGGCUUAUCCCUUGGACCGCAAUGCAGCAAUCGAUUGAUAGUUUUCGAGCUGCUACUGGAGGUAAUUUGACUGGGGAUAGCGUUACGUAUUUGAAAAAUGCUACGUUGGUAUUUGCGGAUGGAUCAACUGAUACUCCCAGACGAUCAUUAUUCUCGAGCUCUGUCCUGUACGCUCGAGAUGUUGUGACGUCAGUCAAUGGAACAGAUAGUUCUAGUGGCACCACCGAUACCGCGGCGAUUAUCGAAGAAAAAGUGGCAGGAAUCAAAGCCUACGUCGAAGAACUUUCCGUUCCCCAAGCCAACACUUUCAUGACGGUUCUUCUUAUCGUUGCAUGUAUUAUCGCUGCCAUUGUCGUCGCAGUCCUCGCUUUCAAGGUGCUCCUCGAGACCUGGGCUCUCUUUAGAUCUUUCCCCGAGAGUCUCACUGGAUUCCGAAAACAUUACUGGCAAACCAUGGCUCGUCUCACUGUGCAAUUAAUCCUCGCUCUAUACGGGUCAUGGGUCCUUUACUGUAUAUUCCAAUUCACCAAUGGAGAUUCUUGGGCCGCCAAAACACUCGCGGCUGUAACGUUAACUAUCUUUACUGGUGUUCUUGUAUUCUUUGCUUACAAGAUUUCCACGGCGGCAAAGAUCAUGAAGGAGAGAGAUGGAGAUGUAUCGGGAUUAUAUGAGAAGAAGGAUAAUUGGCUCAAAUACAGCAUGUUUUACGAGAAUUACAAGAAGGAUUUCUGGUGGUUGUUCGUUCCGGCUAUCAUUUACAUGUUCGCAAAAGGAUGUGUAUUAGCUGCAGGCGAUGGACACGGUCUCUCUCAAACUGUUGCUCAGCUCAUCAUUGAAUGUCUCAGUAAGUACUUCAAUUCAUCUUCAUAAGCCCCUCAUCCUAACUCGUGUACAGUGCUCUCCCUUCUCCUCUGGAGUCGUCCAUAUGAGAGAAGAUCCGCAAACGUAAUUAAUAUGUUCGUUCAAGUCGUCCGUGUUCUUUCCGUAAUAUGUAUCCUCGUCUUUGUCGAAGAACUCGGCAUUGCCGAAACCACCCAAACGGUCACCGGCGUCGUCCUCAUCGCCAUCCAAUCAGUUCUUACCGGUACUCUCGCCAUCCUCAUCGGUGUAAACGCCGUCAUCUCCAUCAUCAAACAAAACCCCCAUCGUAAACGUCGUAAGGAAGCUGGUAAGUCUUUCCCUCCCACCUCCCCUUCCCAGUAAAAAUAAAGCUCAAACUAACAUCCACAGAAAAACUCAACCGCGACCUCGACAACCUCACUCCACUCGAUGCCCGCAACUCUCUGCUCAUGGACUCCAAAUCCAGCAUCCAUUCCUUCGACGCCGAUCCCAAACACCCCUACCUACACUCCACGCACGAAAGCCACGAACCCUCAAGUUUCAUGAAUGAGCCCGCAAACCCGUAUUCGCGCAGUCGGGAGAAUCUCGUGGAGGGUGCGGCGCCAGUGGCCGGAACGGCUCAUCAGAGUCGUCAACCUACGGUGCCGAAUAUGAAUUUUGGGAGUGAUAAUUCGGGGGGGUAUAGGGGGAUGGCUUAUUAGAUGAUUAUGUGGAAUUAAAGCGUGAGGAGCUUACGUGAAAGAAGGAAAGAAAUAUAGAAAAGAAAGAAAGAAGAGGAAGAAUACCGUAUCUUCAUACAUAACAUGAAGCAUACACACAUACCUUUCCAUCUCAUCUCAUUCAUCUCAACCCAUCUCAUCUCAUCCCACCAUCCAACCAAACAGCUUGCAAGCGAGCCUUGGACGAAAGAGAGGAGAGGAGAGAAGAAAAGAGAACGAUAUGAUAUGCUAUACCCAUUGCAACAUUAGCAUUAUAAGUCUUAAAUUAUACACAAGAUAACGAUUUCCUUGCGUCAAUUUAGCGUCACAAAAUUCUCUAACAUUUUUUUUUUUCCUUUUUUUCCCCCAAACUUGUUUUUUUUUUGUCGAUAUGUAUGUAGGAUUCUUCUUUGUAUAGGAUAGUAUAGGAUAGGAUAGUAUAUCAAGGAGAGGAAAUGUUAGUUCUAU